AUGACGCAGGGCUCAACAGGACCACCACCACCCGGACCGCAAGAUAUUCUUCAACCAGGUAAAAAACUCUAGGUGUGGGUGGAAACGGAUAAAAAUAUUUUCAGAACUUGAAAACGUGGAGACCGAUGCUCAAAACUUCUCUCUAUUGGACCAUGCUUUCACGCCAGAAGAAAUCGCUUUGCAAGGAAUCAGGAGCAUGUUGGAGUUUGAAAAUAGCGAUUUCACCACCGCUGAUCUUCUGAAACAACCGGAGAUCAAUUCGAAAAUAGAACUGUUCCAAUUGCUCCACAAAAAGAAUCCCGAACUGGGCAAUGAGAUUGUUGACAAUCAUCUGAAUCGUCAUCCGCUGGCUAUGGAGAAGCAACGGAUACUGUUUAAUGCUCAGCCAGGUCUCUUGCCGUUUUUGGUUUCGAUCACUCUCGACAAAACGCAUCCGUUGAAGAACCUGGACGAGUAUCGCGCGGUAACACAUCUCAUUGACAACGUGUUCCCGAGCAUUUGCUCCACCGAAGCUCAAGUCAAUAUUUGGGCCCGCAACCUCGACCUGGCUCUUCUGAAGUUCCUUGACUGCUCGUUGAUCUGCGCGUCGUAUGCGGUGGAUGUGAAGACCAUGAAUGUACACGAGCCCAAACUUCUCGCCAGACUCAAUCCCUAUCUCUUCACUCCAACUCUCAUCGCUCCGCCGAUCAUUUUAAAGUCGGAAACCCCGAUCGCAGUGUACCAGUUGGAAAAGGCGCUCCACGGGCUUGUGCAGAAACUGGGAGACGUUCGUAUUCAUGGCGUUGUCCGACCGGAUUUGGAGGAAUUCAUUAUCGAACUCGCGAUCGCGCACAAGUUUUUUCUAGCUCGCAAACUAGCGAUCAUGAGAAGCAUCGAGGGAAGUCAGUUCUUGGUGAUUGGUAUGGUGAACAUGGUCGUCAAGAUCAGAGAUCAUCCGUCGCUGUUCUUGGGAUACAGAAGUGAGUUCAAUUGACACUCUUAACUGCAAUCCGUUCUUUUUUUCAGUCAGCGGUGACAUUUCCAUGAACGAUCCAUCGAUAGGAAUCGAUUUCAACCAGUUGCACCCGACCAUCUGUGUCUACGAGAAGUGCCAUCAAAAUCAGGCUUGCUGUAAGUUACAUAGCUCUUUUAUUUCUCAUACGAACCCCUUUCAGUCGACUCGGAUGGCGAGCACAAGUACAUCUUCGUCAGAACCAGCACUGUGCGAGUUGGAGACCCACCAAUUGGCGCGCAGAAGACUGUCGACUUUGCCGCGAUGAAAAGUGCGUGGAUGGAGAAGGCUAAGGCCCAGGACUAUCACGUUCCGGCCGUUUUCGACCCGAUCAGAGUGACUGGUUGCCACAAAAAAAGAUACCGCAAGAAGAAGGGAACCAAUCUGAACAACAAGAUGGUCUGGGAUGAGAAGUACCUGCGCUUCGUGGCCAAGGAGUUUCGUUGUAAGAACGGAGAAGACGAGGUCAUGAUCAAGAGUCACAUGACCAAGGGCCAUGUUAAAAUUGACGGUAAACACUGGAGGGGUAACAUCUGAAAAGGUUGAUUUUUCAGGUAUCGAGGAAGAGUUGGACUACAAGUUCAGCACCAUCCCAGUGCUUUUCAUGCCUAUCAUCUAUCAAGUUUUGUAA